AUGACCCUCCCAGCGGAGCUCGCCGCGCGCUCAGCGCUGUCCCGAGUUUGCACACGAUGUUCGUCGUCCCUCCGAAAACGAGGAUCAGUACACAAUGGCGUUUUCCAGGCGUCCCGGCCACCACAGCGCGCCCUUUCUGAUAUGGGGAUGAGGAGGACGAGGGUGGACGGUCCUGCGGCAGCGCAACCUUGGGCUGGCCAGAAGACCAACGCGAAGCGCUUCAUCUCCGAUUUUGCACAAACCGGAGUUAGGCCCCCGACGUACACCCGCUCCGACGGUCCGUCAAAACAAGUCCUCGCUUCCAAUGACCUCUUCCACUCUUUUACCAACUCCCCGAUUCCCGAGAUCCGAAGGCGCGCUGCCUUCAUAAGGCAAUAUGCAAACUGUCCACACCAUGACCACCAUCCCGGGGCCGGUAUGGCUCCGGCACACGUCGAUUUUGAGUGUCCCGACUGUGGCAUUCCGGUUUAUUGCAGCAAGGAGCACUGGGCUGACGACUAUGAGGCGCAUCUGCAAAUCUGCGACACGCUGCGUGAAAUUAACGAAGACGACCAUGAUCUCCGGUCUGGGAGGGUUUUCCCUGAGUUCAAAUAUGCGGGUGAGCAGCUAGAGGAGGCGCUCGUCAACAUGAGCAACUGGGAUACCUUCCUUUACACGCGACAGUUCAAUGCCAUCAACAAUGACCGGAGCAUGAGGCAAGCCACUCGGUUGUUGACGUACCCUGUGACAAUCGGGAGCAUUCUUCAUGAGCUCAGUCCCUACAGUAUCAAGUCUGGUGGCAGGAUCACUCCGGAAGGGCUCAAGAGCUUCAGCGCCCUCCGAUACACCCUUCACCCCCCAAAAACUGGUGGUGGGCCAGGCAUCAAGGGCCUCCGGAUAGAAGCCCCCGCCGUUCGUCUCUUCAUCCUCGGCGCUAGGGCUGAGUCGUCACUACCUCGCGAUGCCUGGAUUCAACUAGCCCAUCUGUUCCCCUACCAGAGAAUUCAUCUGAUUUUCAUCGGCCCGGAAGCCAUGCUUAACCGAGACGACGAGUUCCCGCUCCCGCCACGGACGGCCACCAACCCUUUCGGCGCUAUCGUCGAGGACCGGAUAUGGCCGACCAUGAAGAUCAGCACCAUUGUUGACUACUAUCACACCAUUCACAAGACUGGCUACUUUUACCCCUACGACCCAUACUUUGAUUGCUUCGUCAUGUUCCACCCGGGGUUGGGGCAUCCAGCCAGCUCCCACGAGUGGGAAGAGACGCUUCCCAUGCUGCUGGAGACCAAGGCGCCCAUCAUCGUCACCGGGUACACCCAGGAGGAUAUGGUGCGCGACAUCGACUGGGUCCACAAGACGGCAGCCGGUGAAUUCGAUGUGCUCAUGGAGCCAGGCGAAAACGCGUUCCGCAGCCUGCGGUGGGACCUGAACGACCUCGACCCGCAGGAUAUCAGUGCCGGGAACUGGGGCGUUUGGGCGUUCCGUGGCAAGAGAUAUGAAACAACACGCAAGGAGGCAGAACAGCAGCAAUAG